ACCGCAGGGAGGCCAGCCAAGCUGCCCCGCCCCACCAAGAUGGAGGACGAGGCCGACACGCCCACGGAGCAGCGCCCCCUCGUAGCAAGGGGCACUACACGAUACGGCCGCGCCGCCGUCGCGGGGGCCGCCCUCCUCUCGUCCGGGGUGAUGCUCCAGGCGCGGACGACGCGCACAAACCUAGUGGUAGAGACGGAGGCCCAGCCGACGGGCGACCCCUGCUACGUCGAGGGGACCGAGGACUUCCCCGAGGGCCUGCAGAAUGUGGCCGGCUAUCAAAGAUUAGGCCUCCCGUACGGCGGUAUUUUGUUGGCGGACCGCGGCCAGUUCCCCGAGCUCCACGGUGAUGAAGCCUACGACGUACCUACUGGUAGGAUCACGGAAGGCUAUGAUGAGUUACUGGAUAAAUGCAUGACUGGCGGCGACUGCGCGGGCCCGCUCGACCUCACAAAGAGUUGUUCAUUGGUCGUGACGGACGAGGCCGACGCUCAAUUAAGUUGCGUGGAGACCUGCGUCGAGUCGCGGUUCAAGGACUUUCUGGCGGUCGACGGCGCGUCGCAGCGCGUCCUCGAUACGUUGGAGACGCACGAUUCAUGUUAUUUUCCCGUGCUGUCGGCCUUCACGUCGACGCCGUCGCUCGUCAAGUCCUGCGUCGACCCUGAUUACGACGCGCCGGUGCCGAGCGACUGCUACGACUGCAUCUCGGGCUGCCUCGGGGAUACAACAAAGGGCGUGCUGCGGCUCGACUGCGACGCGGCGUACGUCGACGUCGUCGAGGGGGAGCCGCUACGACCAGGGGAGGAGACGUUCGCGUCGGGCAACCGCGGGCGGGCCGUAGCCCCGCCCGACGCGGGUGUUUCGCUGAAGCCGUUCGCGCUGGCGGCCGGGAUUUUGAUUGGUGUACUAUAACUUUAUUCAUAUUAUU